AUGAGCGCAAGCACCGGUCACAGAUCCCCUGCAACAAUGCCCCGCCGUAACAGCCCUGCGGCUUCACCCUCGUCGCUCCCCUUGGUCGUCACUCUCAAUUGCAUCGAUGACUUCGGCAUGGAGCAGGACUCCUUGUCCGGCGUGGCCGCUGUCGAGCACGUGCCGCUCAGUCGCCUCGCCGAAGGCAAGAUCGAGUCGGCCUCCGCCGUGCUCCUCCAGUCCCUCGCGUACCUCCCACGGGCCGCCCAGCGCCGCCUCCGCCCCUACCAGCUCAUUCUCUGCCUCGGUUCCUCCGACCGCGCAGUCGAUUCGGCCUUGGCCGCCGACCUCGGGAUCCGGCUUGUCCACGUGGACGUGUCGCGUGCCGAGGAGAUUGCCGACACGGUUAUGGCGCUCUUCCUCGGAUUGCUCCGCCGGACGCACAUGCUCUCCCGCCACACGCUCUCCGCUUCGGGAUGGCUCGGCUCGAUCCAGCCGCUGUGCCGUGGGAUGAGACGGUGUCGAGGCUUGGUUUUGGGGAUUGUCGGCAGAUCUGCGUCGGCUAGGUCUCUGGCUACAAGGAGCUUGGCCUUCAAAAUGAACGUUCUCUAUUUCGAUGUUCAAGACGUAGAGGUGAAUGGAAAAGUGAGCAGGUCUCCUGUAAGCUUUCCUUCUGCUGCGAGAAGAAUGGAUACACUUAAUGAUUUACUGGCUGCAAGUGACCUCAUUUCAUUGCACUGUGCUCUGACAAAUGAAACAGUUCAGAUUCUAAAUGCUGAAUGCUUACAGCAUGUAAAGCCUGGAGCAUUUCUGGUCAACACAGGGAGCUGUCAACUAUUGGACGAUUGUUCUGUGAAACAGCUUUUGAUUGACGGAACCUUAGCUGGGUGUGCUUUAGAUGGCGCUGAAGGGCCACAAUGGAUGGAAGCAUGGGUGAAGGAGAUGCCCAACGUGUUGAUACUUCCACACAGUGCAGAUUAUAGUGAAGAAGUAUGGUUGGAGAUAAGGGAGAAAGCUAUCUCCAUAUUGCAGACAUUCUUUUUUGACGGGAUUGUUCCAAAAGAUUCUGUAUCUGAAGAGGAGAAUGAAAGUGAGUUAGGUGAUGAAAAUGAAGAGUCGGAUAAGCUGGACAGAGAAAAUAACUUGCAGCUAUCUGUUAUUGAGCAACCAACUGAAGUCAUUCAUUCAAGUCCAGAACGCUCUCAGAAUAAAGAAGCUAUUCAAUCCAAGGAGUCUCCUAGCCAGCACCAAAGUUCAGGUUUAUCUCAAAGUGCCACUCGACCUGAUGGAAGACGAGGCAGAUCAGGUAAGAAAGCCAAAAAGAGGCACGCACACCAAAAAUCCCGGCAAAAGUCAGAUGAUCCUUCACGAGAAAAAGAAAGUACCUCACAGCGGGAAGAAGAUACAGCUAUGAGUGGAACUGAUCAAGCAUUAAGUUCCAGUUCUCGGUUUGCCUCCCCAGAGGACUCAAGAAGUAGGAAAACUCAAAUAGAAUCAAUGCAAGAAUUGCCUUCCCACCAUCUUCAAAAAUCUAUUAAGAGGCUCAGUGGAAAGCCUGGUGAGCUGUUGAAGGAUGGGUAUGUUGUCGCCUUGUAUGCAAGAGAUCGUCCCGCCCUCCAUGUCUCAAGGCAAAGAGUUAAAGGUGGCGGUUGGUUCCUAGAUACCAUGUCAAAUGUAACAAAAAGAGAUCCUGCAGCUCAGUUUCUCAUUGUUAUCAGAAGCAAGGACACAAUUGGUUUGCGAUCUUUUGCUGCUGGUGGAAAGUUAUUGCAGAUAAAUAGAAAAAUGGAGUUUGUAUUUGCCAGUCACAGUUUCGAUGUCUGGGAGAGUUGGAUGUUGGAAGGUACUCUGGAGGAAUGUAAACUGGUUAACUGUAGAAAUCCUUUGGCUGUUUUGGAUGUAAGCAUCGAGAUUCUGGCCACCAUAUGUGAAGACGGGGUUACACGUUGGCUUGAUUAGACUGCGACGAGAAAGAAUACUAAGAAUCCUAACAUUUUUAUUCUGAUUUUUUCCUCUUUCUGAGGUUUGUAUCAUUUUAAAACAGCUUGAGAGUUGUAAAGCGUUCUUUUUCUUAUUAUUUUUGGUUCAUCUACACUUCCCUUUUUCGGGUUUUUCGUCGCAUAAUGUUAUCAACUGGUAGAAGAUUUGUGUUGUGGGUUAUUCAGCCUCCAGAUAUUAGGUGCGUGUAUUGUGUAAUGUACAAGUGAUAUCCUUUGGUUUGUCCCAAGGGAUGGCGGUUGUAACUCAUCCAUCAAGGAAGUUUCACUCGGAGUGUUGUUUUGCGAUUGAUGAAUCUUAUUGUUUCUCUAUCA